CGCCCGGAAGGAGGUAGUAGUGGCACCAGCCUGGGCGAAGGGCAAGACGGUGGCCGAGAGGGUUCUGGGAGGCGGACGGUGGCCGAGAAGGUCCGGCAUGGAGCACCUGGAGCGCUGCGCGUGGUUUCUCCGCGGGACGCUGGUGAGGGCGGCGGUGCGGCGCUACCUGCCCUGGGCGCUGGUGGCCGCCAUGCUGGCGGGCUCGGUCCUCAAGGAGCUGUCCCCGCUGCCCGAGUGCUACCUGAGCAACAAGCGCAACGUCCUCAACGUGUAUUUUGUUAAAGUGGCCUGGGCCUGGACAGUCUGUCUUCUCCUGCCUUUCAUUGCCCUCACCAACUACCACCUGACGGGCAAGGCCGGCCUGGUCCUGAGGCGGUUGAGCACCCUGCUUGUGGGCACAGCCAUCUGGUAUGUCUGCACCGCCCUCUUCUCCAACAUUGAGCACUACACAGGCAACUGCUACCAGUCCCCAGCCCUGGAGGGCAUCAGACAGGAGCAUCGCAGCAAGCAGCAAUGCCAUCGGGAAGGGGGCUUCUGGCACGGCUUUGACAUCUCCGGCCACUCCUUCCUGCUGACCUUCUGUGCACUCAUGAUCGUGGAGGAGAUGGCCGUGCUGCAUGAGGUGAAGACGGAUCGCAGCCACCACCUCCACACUGCCAUCACCACCCUGGUUGUCGCCCUGGGCUUUCUGACCUUCAUCUGGGUAUGGAUGUUUCUGUGCACAGCCGUUUAUUUCCACGACUUGAUCCAGAAGGUGUUCGGCACCUUUUUUGGUUUGCUGGGCUGGUACGGGACAUAUGGGUGCUGGUAUCUGAAGUCUUUCUCUCCAGGACUUCCUCCCCAGAGCUCUAGUUUGUCUUUGAAGCAAGAUACUUACAAGAAAUAAAAGAGAGACACAUGGGGACAAGAGGACAAUGGCUAAUAGACUUCCCAGCUACUUUGUCCAGUGACUGGCUGAACUCUCGGUCCCACUUCAGAGAGGAUGCUUAUUAGGCCCUUUUGUGGUGGGGUGGAGUCUGGGAACCACGUUCAGUCCUCAGACUCUACUGGUGAUGCCACCCAUGUUGCCAGCACCCCAUUCCUGCCAGACACUUCUCUCUGGCAAGACGUGACCUUAAGGCUCAGCAGAGUGACAGCAGACAGCCUCAUUGUGUGGGUCAUGGGGAAACCAGCGCUCCAUGACUCCUUCUGCUGCGGUCUGCCUGGCUGUGAUUCUCUUGAGAGCUCAGUGGCCAUGUGAACGCUGUUCUUUUUUUCUUUUUCUUUUCUUUUCUUUUUUUUUGGUUUUUUUGA